AGAACAUUAUUAUAAACUAUAUAAACAUCCGAUACGUAAACAACGUAAACUAGGGGCUUUAUCAUCUCGAACUUGAAGACGAAAUGGCUUCUGCAUCUCAACAAGAAAAGCAGCCACCAGCUCGGCCACCACCACCGCGUGUAACGUCUCCCCCUCAGUCAUCAAGACCGUCUUUAGUAGAUUCUGAAAUACACUCAUUUCAAGAUCUACAGAGAGUUCAUGAUGCUGCUUAUCAGUUCAUAGAUUCUGGACUUCGUGAGGAUGAAGGUGGGAACGGACAGCUAGCCAUAGAAAGUUACAACCAAGGCCUUCAGUUGUUAAACAAAGCACUGAGGAUAAAUGUGGAAAAGCUCACUCACUCUACACUAGACCAAAUGGAGGCAGCUAAAGAAAUCCAGAUGAAGAUGAACAAAACAAAACAACAAAUAACAUAUCGGCUUCAAGCUCUACAGCCAGCUCUAUCAGAUUUACAGGAACGGAUGGAAGCUGAUGCUCCACCAUCAUAUGAAUAUGCCAUUAGCCAGCCUAGCUCCCCACCGUCAUAUGAAGAUGAAGAGCUGGCAGCGCUCGGAGAAAGUCUAAUGAGAAGAGAGUUAAGCAACAGCCUGCUGGCUAAUGCUAAUGAGCUGUUUACAAUUCCUGAUGGUGUGCAGAUAUUUUACAUCAGCCCUGAAGGAUAUGUCAGUGCGCCGUCAUACCCGACGUCACUUCACAUCAUCAAGAUUGAUGAUCCACAAGCUCAAGGACCUAAUGGCGAAAUAGCUCCUGCGUUCAUACAUGUUGGUGACUGGAUGUAUCCACUAGUACCAGGUCGAUCCCCAGCUCUCCAUACAAACUAUGGAGCAUACUUGUUCCCAGAUACAUUUGCUGCCCCAGGUUCUGCUGUAGGUUUGAUUGUGCCAGAUGAUUUAGAUCCAGGUAUUCGACAGGAAUUAGAGCAAAUCAUUUCUUCCUUAACAGCCCUUGUGCAGGAACCAGAGGAGCAACCAGCGGAAGCAGUGGAACCACAAGACAUGGCUGGUAGAAUUUCUAAACACAUUACUGCAGCUGCUGACUUCAUAGCCUGGGGUUUGACUAAAGGGGCAGAGAAGGCUGGGAGGCUGAUUCAAGCUGGGUCUGAGAAGAUCCAAAAAAAUACUGAGAAGUGUUCCAAGCCACAUCCUGUCGACCCAAAGCUGCAGAAAGGUGUUGUCUAUGCCAGACAGGCCACUCAUGGGGCAGUGCAAGUAACUGGCUAUGUGGUGAAGAAACUAGGGGAGGUCACUAUGCAGCUGGGCAGAGAAAUAGCUCCACACAUUAAAAAACAUUGCAAACAUUGUUUACCUAAAUCUUUGUCUGAAGAGAAAGCGAGUGGUAGGUCAACGCUGGAUGGCAUAACAGAUGUUGCAGCUACUAGUCUCAAAGGUUUUGGCACUGUUUACAUUGGCCUUGAGACAGCAGCGAGGUCGCUGGGGCGCUGUUUAGUGAGCGAAACCACACAAGUCGUCAAUCACAAAUUUGGUGAGGAAGCUGCUGGGUUCACAGAGAACACCAUGUACGCUGCAGGAAAUGUUGUCCUGACAAGCCACAACGUCCACAACCUCGGCAUGAAGGCGAUCGCAAAACGUGCUGUCAAGGACACCGGCAGAGCUCUGCUAGAAGAAGGGAGGAAUGCUCCAGAGGAAAACGGAAAGGCUGCCGGUUCUGUAGAUAAAGAGAAAGUGUGAUAGAAGCAGUAGGGAAGGUUAUAUUCAGCCUAUGCAGGUUGACAUCUAGUGUCAAGACUUGGGGGUGGUCCAGUACAUCAUCUGAUUGAAGUUGAAUUCGUCCAUGUGUAUUUACAGAAUCCAUUCUUAUAUUUUAAAAACAUCACAGUCAUCACUUUGUAUCAAAGUAUUAAUAAUACAAAUUCAUUAUUUAAUAUGAGAAAUGGUUUUUAGUAUUUAAUAGAAUAAAAUGUAGUACACUAACAUUUUUUGGCUGGGUUAUUUUUAUUGCAUUUAUUUUAUUUGAUAUUUAUAUUUAUUAUAUUGUCAAAAUAAAAUCUAUCAGUCUUCUACUGUGAAGGAUGAUUUAAGAAAGUUUUUAAUUGUUUUACCUCAAAUAGUAUAGAUAACCUGCAUAUUUAAUAAGAUAUGAAUUAGCCAGUUCUAGUUGUAGAUAGUAGUAGAUUUCACCUGUUUAGAUUAGCCUGAUCAUUAUCACCUUUGUCCUACACUGACCAAUCACCAGCCAGUUUUUUAUUACAUUUUUGCUGUAUGAAAAUCAAACAAGCACCAAUUUAUUUCUGUUGGUGCUUUGUUUUUAUAAGAAUACUGUGCCUUACUGGUAGUAGUGUAGUUAAGGUAAUCUCAA